AAUUCCAUACCUUCGCUAAAAAUAUUUUCUUUAAAGAGGAGAAGCCGAGAAAGCAACAGGAAAUUUACUUGCUGGUGCCCACGAUUGUGUGUUGAGGUCUUCCUGCAUAAUCGGUAUUCCUUGUCAUGUCGAUCCCGAUGGAGUACAGCUCAAUAUACCGGGAUUCACAAACCAUGGAUAAUCUGGAAAAACAGCUAAUUUGCCCAGUAUGUCUUGAAAUGUUUUCCAAGCCUGUUGUGAUAUUACCGUGUCAACAUAACCUGUGUAGAAAAUGUGCCAAUGAUAUUUUUCAGUCUCGUGGCACGUGUCUGGGUUCAGGAGGCUGUUUCCGGUGUCCAUGUUGCCGCCAGGAGAUCAUUCUCGACAGACAUGGAGUUUACGGACUCCAGAGAAACUUGCUGGUGGAAAACAUCAUUGACAUUUACAAACAAGACUCCCUGCGGUCCACAGCAAAACCUGAACAACCAACAUGUGAAGAGCAUGAUGAGGAAAAGAUUAAUAUCUACUGCAUUUCAUGUGAGACUCCAACAUGUUCAUUGUGCAAAGUAUUUGGUGUUCACAAGGCUUGUGAAGUUUCCCCACUUCUAACUGUCUACAAACAACAAAAGUGCAAACUAGACGAUGGAAUUGGAGCACUUGUUGCAGCCAAUGAUACAAUUGAAGCAUUUAUUACACAUCUGGAAGAAAUGAGCAAAAAUAUCGAGGACAACUGUAGAGGCCAAAAGCAAGCAUUGUAUGAACAAUUUGAUUCCCUGUUUGCAGUGUUAGAGGGAAAAAAACAAGAGAUGAAGCAAAUAAUCACAAAUGAACAAGAUGAGAAAAUAACCCAGUGCAAGGCUUUGAUAAAACGUUACGGUGAACACAUACAAUCCAUGUCCAAGCUCAUAGAGUCUGUGCUACAGUCAAUGAAGGAACCCCAAAUGGCAGUCUUUCUACAGAAUGCAAAGACGCUGAUAGCAAAAGUUUCAGAAGCCACUGGAGCCUCAGGUAUUGAAGAACUGGAGCAUGGUUAUGAAAAUAUGGAUCACUAUAAUAUUGAUCUUGAGAAAGAACAGCAACUGCUCCAAGCAAUUGGUUUCCUCAAAGAUGAAGAGAAAUCCGAGACAGGAGUUGCAGAGGCUGCAGCAAUUGAAAAGGAGGAGUGUGAAGAGGAAGAUAAAUUUUCAGAAUUGCCCGCUGCUAAUAUUUCAGAAGUUUUUGUUGACGUCCCUGCCCUGGAAGAAAACCUUUCUUCGUCCUCAGAGCCUUACCCCGGACUUCCUGAUAUUGUAGGUAUGGUCCCUGAGAUGGAAGGUGUCAGUAAGGAGCGCUCUGGUGUUCUAGGUGAUGUUCCAGAAAAUGAAGAUCUGGGGGCUGCUGAAUCUUCAGGUGCUGUGGGUAAUACUCCUGAGGAGGACCUCCGAGCACGACCUUCCAAUGCUGAUGAAGAGGUUUCUGCAAAAGACGAGUUCAUUAUGGAGUUUAUUGAAGCAGGGGAUGAGGUCCUUGUGGAAGAUCCCAAUGUCGAGUUCUUCAGUGCUGUUGAAGACAUCCCUGAAAAGGAGGAGCCUAGGGAUGAAUACUCUGUUGUUGGGAUUGAAGCCUGUGAAUAUGAGGUCCUCAAUGGAGAAUCGCCCAUUGGUAUUGAAGAGCUCAAGGUUGAACCCUUUGCUGUGGGUGGGAUCCCUUUGAAUGAAGAAUCUGGUACCGAGUCUAAUGGUGUUAAGAUUGAAGCUCCUGAAGAGCAGGCAAGGGCAAAGUCUUCAACUGCUGGAGCUGGUCUGGAAAAGAGAGAGUCCAGCAUUGAGCCUUCAGGUUUUGUAGGCUCUGAGCCCUCUGUUGGUGUGGAUGGGAUUCCUGUAAAUGAACUCUGUGCUUUGUCUGGUGAUCCCUGGGAUGAAGCUGUUGAAGACCAUCCCAGUGUUGAGUCUUUGGCUGCUGUGACACUUACCGUUGGAAAUAAAGAGUCCAUUCUUCAACCUUCAUGCUCUGUGGUUAACGUACUUGGAGAUGAUCCUAGUGCCAAGUCUUCCACUGAUUUUGGAGAAGAUCUUGUAAAGGAAGAAGUCAAUGUUGUGUCUGAUGGCGCUGGGCCUAAACCAACUGAAGAGCAGUCUGUUGUCAAGUCUUCAGUUGAAGCUCCUGAAAAGAAAGAGUCCAAUGUUGACUUGUCGCAUUCUAUGGAUAAUUUACUUGAAGAUUAUCUCAAUCUGGAGUCCUCCACUACUGUGAAUGAAGUUUCUGUAGAGGAAACAUUCAGCACUGCGUCUUUGGCUUCUGUGUCUGGCAGUCCUGAGAAGAAAAUGCUAAGUGUUGAGUCUUCAGUACCUGUGGUUCCUGUAGCCAAUGUUGAGUCCUCCAACGUUGUGGAUGACAUCCAUGAAAAGCAAGAACGUGCCUCUGAAUCUUUAGGCGCUCAGAUUGAAGGAGACUCCUGUGCGGAGACAUGGAGCAAUGUAAAUGAAGUCCCCACAAUGGGAGAACCCAAUGUCGAACCUGUGGAUCAGGUGCCUGAAAAGGAGAUGGUUAAUACUGAGUCGGAAGUGACUUCAGUUGAGGUCCUUCCAAUGGAGGAAUGCACCGCUGCAUCUCCUCCAGCUGUUGACGGAGCCCUGCCAACGCAUGGGCCAGGUGCUGUGUUUCCAGAUGUUGUGGAUGAGUUUGCUGAAGUAGAAGAUUCAAAUGAGACGUCGUGCAAUGCUGGUUUAAAAAUGGAAGAUUGUAAUGCAGAUAUCAGAGGAGCAAAGAGAGAAGAAUGCAUUCCUACAAGUCUGGACCCCACCGAUAAUUUCUUCACAGAAGAAACGCCGGGUAAACCUUCAGAUACUCCAAUAUCAAUGGUCCAUGAAGCCAAUGCUACAUCUUCAGAGGAGGAUGGACCUGGUUCAGCAGUAGAACCCAUCACUGCCCCCUGCAGACCAUCUCCGGAAUCAGCCGCUGUAUUUCCAGCGCCCAGGAGUGAAAUCUUCCGAUGCGGACAAACCAUAACUCCAUUUGCAGAUGUUGAAAGCGGUAAAUCGACACAAGACAGCGCUGAUGUUGGUGUCACCGAAACAACCGUACAACAGGUAUGUGUUUCUGAAUUCACAUUGAAUUAUAUCAGGCAAAAGUAG